CAUUUGCUGUUGUGUAACUGAGUCAACUUAGAGACAUUUAUCAGUUAAAAAAAAAAACUGUCAAACACACUGGAUUCAAUGCUCCUGGUCUUGUGAUUUUUGUUUUCUAAAAUGUAUAAAUGAACUAAAUUCAGUUUUGUUAAUGGAAGACAGAGAGGUUGUGUUUAUCCCUCUGAACACAGUUAGUCAUCCUGCUGCCCUCACACCUUUUGUAUUGCUCAGAAAAUUCAACCCUGAAACUAUUGCACCCAAAGAUCACACACACAUACUUAGACCUACACACAAAAUGUGCAAUCGUCUUUCAGUGCAUGCCUUCAGCCGAAGCUGCCAGCUUACAUCAUCUGAGUCUUGUUUGUGUCCCCAGGCAGUGAAGUUGGUCAGCAGGCUUAUUGUGCUGGAAGCCUGAUGACACACAGACCUCCAGCCCAGCAGGGAGCUGCUUCAUUGCACUCAUUUAUUUCUACUUUAUAAUAUUACAGCAAUGACUGCUUGCAGCACUGUUGUGGGGACGUGCAGGAUGAAUUAAGUGUAUUAAGUGUAGCUCACCUCACACCAACAAACCCUGCAGUGUGGAUUAUGAGCCGUGUGUGCAGUGCUGUGCCACCAGUGAGAUGGCUUUCCUUAAGGACAGGAGCAGCAUCCAAUCCACACUUUGGCCAGAAUCACACAAAACCCUUUUAGUCAUCUGCUUGUUUUACUUAAAACCAUUCUACUGAGAGAAACUGUUUUAUUCAGACAAAGUUCCCAUUUAAACAGCACAUAGUCGAGCACUGCGAGGACACCAGUUGUGACCAACUGCACUAAUUUGACACUCUGUGUGCCUGUUUCAGCUUUACAUGUCCUCAACGGUGCAUCUUCAGUCCCUCUCAGGUUACAUGGUGUCCCACAGGACUCAUGUAGCAUGAAGUGACAUUCGUGUGUGGGUGAAACUUUACUUAAGAGGUGUGACAGGACACAGCAGUUAAAUGUACUCCCAACACACUGUACAAGGAGGGACUGGUUGCAUUACUGUUGUGGUUAAUUAAUAUUUGCGUGACCGGUUAGUUCAGCAACAGCACAGAUUGUUCCUAUAGCAACCAGAGUCCAAGCACAUCUGAGGUGUGUCUACACUGCAUCAAAAGAAACGGCACUACACAAUGAAAUGUUGGACAUUUUUGAGGAGAGUCAUGGUUGACUUGAUUAAAAGGCAGAGGGAAAAGAAAAAUUCAGUCAGAAUAUCCUCUGAACAAAGGAGGUUUUUAAUGCAGCCAGACUGGAAUUUGUGCUCCUUGGACUUCAACAUGUUUGUGUUGACAACAGACAGUAGGUCCUUAGUGAGCUCUUCAGAUUCCAUCACAGCCACUAUGUUUUGAAAGUAAACUUCAUUCUCCAGAUCUGAAAUAAUACACGGCAAACACACUGGAGUUUUCUCAUGCCUUAUCCAUUUUCCUCUCCUCUCCUCCUCUUCUUCCUCCUCCUGUGUCCUGAGGUGUUGAGUUAUGAGGCUCCUGAGGAUAAGGAGGACGUGUUUGCCAAAAGAGCCUGUCCUGCUUUUCUGACCUUCACCAACGCUGCCUACCUGGCUGGAGUUACCGUGGAGCUGCCCUGCCUCUGCAAACCACAGCAGGUCCAAACAGUUGUGUGGUUCUUUAGGAAACAUCUGGGCAGCUCAGAGGAGACCAGAGCCCUGACCGAUCACCAUGGCAACAAGCUGCUGGACACCAGUCGGGUCCCUCACAGCAGUGACCUGCGGAGUCGAUUCUCCAUCCGUCUCUUCAGUCUGUUGAUCUUCAGAGCAGGGCCCGAUGACUCUGGUAUCUACAUCUGUGGCUCUGUCCAUAAAGACUUCUACUAUGGUUACGACCUAGACAUCCAGGAGGCACGCAUGCUCAGCUUCACUCCCAGGCUCUCUCCAGAAAGACUGAGCAAGGAACUGAAAGAGAGAAAAGGAAUCAGCUCUGCUCAGCCACAGUAUCGGGUCUUUACCAGCUUCCGGCCGUGGUCGGUGUGCGAUCGAUGCGGAGUGCCAGGGGAGCAGGUCCGUGUGGGACUCUGCUACGUCCAUUCUCACUUCCUCCAUGUACGUUAUAGACGGGCCAAUCAAACAGUCGCUUCAUGUGGAUCAGGGGCGGUGCCCAGGGCUUUCAUCCAUCUGAAGCAAAACAGAGUUGGGGCCAAGUUGGAGGUCAAAAGCUGUCAGGUGACUUGCCCAGCUCAGGACCAGCCCCCCUCCAGACUCCUUGCUCUGAUGGAAUUUCUUGGGUACAGUAGUUCUGCCUCACUGCCAGUGGGGGUACCUGUGUUCUACCUGAAUCACCCAGCAGACCGUGUCCUGACUCUGGGUUGCCCUGGUGCGCGUCCUAACAUGGCUGUGGCCUGGGACCGAGGAUCUGAACCCAUUUACCGAUAUGAAUGCUCAGCAGGUAGUAACAUCGGUGCCACGCCCCGCAGGCUGCUGAUAGACACAGGACACCACCUGGUGUUCAAACCUGCAAAAAGUCAGGACUCAGGUGUCUACUACUGCUGGCUGCAGGGUCGCCAGGCUGCAGAGAUACGUCUACUCGUCUACAUCCAUUUGGGGCGGGGUCAGUCAGUGACAUCACAUCCUGACUUCCCAGCAGCUGUCAGCACUGUGUUAGAAUCAUUUGCUGGCAUGGCGGCUUUGUUUUUCCUGGUGGUGUUGGGCAGAGCUUUUUUCAAAAAUGUGACAGACACUGCAGAAACAGGUGUGGAUUAAACUCUUAAAUUCUUGUAUUGUAGUUAUUCUCAAACACUGAUGAUAUUGAUGAUAUUUGGUAAUAUGUACCAGAGUUGUACUGACAGUUACAAAGACAUCAUAUUAUUUAGUAGACAAAAACACGUCCUAAUGCUAACAUAUAUGACUUGCAUAUAACCCCCUCCCCUUUAUCUUUGGGUCAUGUCCAGGGUUUCCCAUACAUUCAUUUAUUUGUGGCAGCCUGCCACCCACAACAUCAACAUUGACUGCCACAUAUUGAUUUUCUAUUUCAUCAUUCAUUGUUGUGCUGCUUCUCUGUCCUCUGCUCUGCUCUCUACCCUUGUUCCACACACAGAGCGAUCAGCAGAGCAGAGAGGCUGCUGUGGACACAGUGAACCAGGUGAAGGGAAGAUAACUCAAAGAUUACUUGAAUUGAUGACAACUAUACUUGUUACUCUAUAAUAACAAAUAAAGGGCCAGUAAGAACUUCAUCAGACCAUUUGUUCAACAAGCUGUAGGAAAGUGCUCCAUCAGCAGUACCUGCAGGCAGUGAAUCAGUAGCAGCAGAAGGACAGAGGACAGGAGGAACAACUGAGAUGUGAUGAAUGAGGGGCUGAUGAUUUUUCAUCCAUGCAUUGAUUUUGUUUUCUGGUGUGUAAUGAGCGGUACAACCUCUUGGCACCUGCUGGCAUCACUCUAGACUUCCUUCCAUGACUUGAAUCUAGAACAAUUAGUGUUUGAUGAUUUUGAUAAACAAAAGCAUUUGGAUCAGAUCUGAUGUUCAGAAAAUUUUUAGAUUGAAAGCAUGUAAGCACAUCAGAAUCCGUGUUUAGUAUGUAUGUGGUUUCUGCAGUUUUUGACUCUGCUUUCAUACACUGGAAAAUGCUGUUUUUCUCCCCUUUAGUUUGUGUGUGGGGAAACACCCAGGUGUUCCCACCUGCAGACUCUACACCAGCAUGUGAAGUGCUCUCAGGUGCGUAGCUUCUCCCACUAAGAGGCUCGAGAAAGAAAUAGAUCCAGUGAAACAAAAGAAGGAGCCAGUGUGAGAGAACAGAGAAGUAAUGGCACUUAGAUGAAAGAAAAAUGAAAGAUGGGUGUGUUAAUGAAUGUAGGUGAAGAUGGAUGAGCAUGUCCAUAUCUGGCUCAGAAGACAAAGGAAAAUGUACAAUUUCCCCAAUAAUGUAUGUAUGUAAGUAUUUUGUGAAGGUUCAGUUUUUAUUCAUGUUUAAAUUGGCACAGAAAUGUAUUAGCCUUUUUAAAAUGUCUAUUUUUCUAUAUAUCAUAUAUUUUAUAAUGCCAUUACCUUUUAUUAUCUUAUACAUUUCACUUCAACGUAUGUAUAAAAAGAAAUACAUGUGGAAAAAAGAUUUUUUUCACACCUCAACAGACAACAGCCAUGAUGUGCUUGUAAUGAUAGUCACACCCGGUAGUUUGUAGCACCUGCAGGUGUACAAGUGUCUCUUGAAAAUCUUGGUGCUGACGUUGAAGAGUGGCAGAGAGAUGAACAGAAUCUAGUGAGGGGAUAUCUGGGUUCUUGCUGUUAGACAGAGGAGUCAUCAGAUGCGUCCUCAUUAAGGCAUCUUUCCAACCCUGAGAGCCAGAGGGAUGAACACACAGACACUUGUUCUUCACAGCUGUGGCUUCCUCUUCAGUCCCUCUCAUCCCUCUGUUUUUCCUCUGCCACCUUCCCCUCUCCACCCCUCUGCCUCAGCAGCUCUCUAUCGACCUCCAGCAAACAGACUUAAGGUUCACUGACAGACCACAAUUCACAAUAAAGCUCUGGGUGUUUUAAUGGUCACUGUGCUGCUGUGAUUCAUCCAGGGAGGACCAUCAAGCUUUGAGCUUUUUACACCA